CACGCCUCUGAUUGGCACGCGGUGGGAGGCCUUCAUAUUCAUCCGUCGAUGAAUGAAGCAGUUCGAUAUCUGAUCAGAGUCGUCGCAGGUCGGCCGUCAGGCACGUUAUUCCAAGUUGCAGGGGCUCGCUCCUCCUCGCAAUAGUAUUCUUCGUAUUUUGAGCUCAAGCUACCUUUGCUGGUCUGUCCACAACAUCAAUUAGUGCACGUUCAAGAUGGCUCUCGUUGGAUACGGGAGCAGUGACGACGAAGACGACGAGCUCCAGCCUCAGCAACCACAAGAACAACCAGUGUCCAAAACAGAUGAAGGCGUGUCCCUUGGCGACGCCAAAAGCACAUCCUCGGGGGCCACAGCCUCAUCACAACCUGCCCAGCAUGAACCACAGCAGCAGCAGCAGCAAUCGCAGUCAUUACAACAAGAUGUUGCCACUACUGCCCCUAUUGCAACUACACCAGAAGCAGCAGUGCCUUUACAGCCAGCACCCAUAGGGCCUCAACUAGGCCCCUCUGCAGCUCCGGGACCACAAGACUCGUCCGUAUCCACAGCAUCCUUCCCGCCCCUCGAAGGGGCAGAAGACGAUCAGGGACCAUCACCACCAUCACUACCACCACCACAGGCCCCAGGAUCCCCGUAUACCUCCCACCGCGCGACCCUGCGCUCCCUGACCCUCCCGACAGUACCAGACAUGGACAUCCCGGCCUCGCCGCCGGGCUCCCCGACCGCAGAAGAGCGGCAGCUGAGCUCCAAGUUCGAGCACUUCCUCGACCUCAAGAAGAAGCAGGGGGUACACUUCAACAGCAGGAUCGGCACGUCCGCGGCCAUGCGCAACCCGGCGCUGACCGACAAGCUGCUUGGCUUCGUCGACGUCGACCACAAGGCCCAGUACGCGAACACGCUCCCGCAGACCGUCUGGGACCCGGCCGCGUUCCCCAGGUCGAGCUACAAGGAGCAGCUCCGCCAGAGCCAGGCCGACGUCGCUGCGAGUAGGGCUCGUGGCAAAGGCGCGCCCGUGGCCUUUGUCCCGUCGUCCAGCAGCAGCGCGGGCGGUGCUCAGAGUGCAUCAGGGACGCAGGACAAGCGCAAGACGAGGUUCGACGCGUAGAACAAGAGAGCAAGGAUAGUUGUAAGAAUGUAUAUACCCCCUUCGGCGUCAUCUGCCGUCAAAAAGCAGCUUGGAACAGA